CCCAGUGCAAGAUGGUGGAUGCGUGAACGUUUUAAGGCUGAAGUGGGUGAACCUGCAAGGAUGGAAAUUAUCAAUUAAAAUUAUAGUUAAAGGAAAGCUGUCAUGCAACAGGAGACCGGACAAGGGAAAAAACGCAAAAUUGUUCACUGUAUACGCCUUCCCUAACCUACUCCGGCGCCCAGAAGAUAACCGGACUACAUUUCCCAGCAGCCCUUCACUCCCACUGAGCAUGCGUUGUGCUUCUCCUCUCGGAGGGUUUAUUUGGCUGGGACAGCGCGGUCCCUGGUUGGGAUGCAGCUGGUAAAAGGAGUCAUGGCCAACUUCCGUCUCGCUCUCAUCCAGCUUCAGGUAUCUGCUGUCAAAACAGAAAACCUGAACCGAGCUUUUGGGCUUGUGAGGACUGCAGCAGCACAAGGGGCAAAAAUUGUGGUUCUGCCAGAAUGCUUCAAUUCUCCUUACGGCACAAAAUAUUUUCCAGAAUAUGCAGAAAGAAUCCCUGGUGAAUCCACCCAAAAGCUCUCCGAAAUGGCAAAGGAGUGUGGCAUAUAUCUGAUUGGAGGUUCUAUUCCGGAGGAGGAUGCUGGGAAGCUAUAUAACACAUGUGCAGUUUUUGGUCCAGAUGGCACCAUGUUAGCAAAGCACAGAAAGAUUCAUUUGUUUGACAUUAACGUGCCUGGGAAAAUCCGGUUCCAGGAGUCUGAAACACUGAGUCCUGGUGACAGACUCUCUGUAUUUGAUACUCCAUACUGCAAGAUAGGACUUGGGAUCUGCUAUGACAUCCGCUUUGCUGAGCUUGCUCAAAUCUACACCCAGAAAGGUUGCCAGCUCUUGGUGUAUCCGGGGGCUUUUAACUUGACCACUGGGCCAGCCCACUGGGAACUCCUGCAAAGAGGACGAGCUGUUGAUAACCAGGUCUAUGUGGCAACUGCAUCUCCUGCUAGGGAUGAGAGAGCUGCCUACGUGGCCUGGGGACAUAGCACAGUAGUAAAUCCAUGUGACUCUCCAGGGGCCCCAGUUAAGCAAAGCAGGCUUCCUCCUCUCAGUUUCUACAUCAGUGUCCUCCCGCCUUUCCCCGUCUACAGUCCCAGGCCAGCCAUCAAGGGGGGAAGUCAUAGCCAAAGCUAGCACUGAGGAAACAGUUAUAUAUGCAGAUAUAGAUCUAAAGAAACUUGCAGAAGUUCGUCAGCAAAUUCCCAUUCUUUCCCAGAAGCGCUCUGACCUUUAUGCUGUAGAAACAAAAACUAAAUGAUACAUGCAAUGGCUCAAUUGUCUACCUGUUCCUUCUAUUAUCUUCAGUCAAAUCAAGUAAAAAAGGAAGCUUUUUGGAAUAAGAAAUUAAUACAACCAAUCUAUAAACAACUUGUUGAAUUUCUAGAAGGGUAAGCUUGAAUAUGAGAUGCUUACCCGACUCUUUUAUAAUCGUUUGCAUAUUUGGGCAAUUUCAGAGUGCAUUAUAAAACAAUUUGCUGCCAGGGCUGUGUUGUACAUCAAGUACCUUUUUUGAAUUUUAUUGUAUUGUACUGCCUGUUACUCUUCAACGUAUCGUACAUUUAGGUCAAUACAUUUGACUGUAUCUUGCAUAGAUUUUUGUAGGUGAACAACUUUGAAGAUUGUUGCUUUGAUACACAUUAUCUUUUCUGA